AUGUUAGGAGGUGAAUGGCAACAUGUGAAUCCGAUAACCGGAAGGACUCACCCAGCAGAUAAACCUUGGGACGAUGAAGCUUUUAGUGGUGAAGCCCAAGCGGCGAUGUUGACAGGUAGAUUAGUGUCACACUUAGCUACUCCAGUGAUCCAAACCCUGCCGGAAAGUCGAAUGAUAGCGAGUACCUCAGCAAAACAAAAUCAUAACCCACACCCUUGGUUCAAAGGGAAAACUUUUGACCCUAAUUAUGUGAAACCAAUACAAAACAACCAAACACGGGGAGGUUUUUCAGCAUUCAAUUCAAAUAAUAACUGUAAUAAUCGCCCUCACCCUUACCACCAACCAUACUAUAAUAACUCAAUGCCAAAAAACCAGGGAUACGGACCAGGAGGCGGAAAUUUCGGUAACGGAUAUGGAUAUGGGAAUGGUAAUGGAGGGAAUAGUGGUGGUGGUGGUUUUGGAAGUGGUGCCGGAAAUGGUCGAGGUCAGGUGCAAAAUAGGCCUCCUAUUGGACCAGGAAGCUUUACUAGAGGAAUGGGAGCUAGUAAAGGGGGAGGUGGACCAAGUAAUGAGAAGAACAACAGCGCUUCAAAUCCGACCCCUGUUGAGAAAGCGCCAGUCGAAACGAGUCCAGUUGAGCUAGAUGAGAUUGAUGAGUUAAGCCCAAUGCUCUCACCGCUAAUUAAGACGAUUGUCUCCGAUUGGUCAAGGUCUCCUUUAUGUUCGCCUUUGAAAAUCGUCCACGGGUCCAAUGAAGGAUGGUCAAAGGACCAACGCCCUCCCUCCGGCAACCUUUUCAUCAUCAGAAGCCUUCCUGUUACAAAUCAAAUCAGGUCCAUCAAGAUCUACGGCAACCUCACCAUGGCGGAAAACUCAUCCAUCACCACCACCCAAUGCACGCGCGGUCACCGAACCCCAGCUCAACUUCUUCCUGAUACUGACGUAGAAAUAAACGCGCGCGGUCUUCAAGUCAGGGCAGAAGGCUUGAUAGUGGAAGACCAAGCGGUAGAAAAUCUUCAAAUAGAAAACUUAGCUUUAGAAGCCCCAGUUCGUCGACGCAGUCCUUCAGUUCUCAUAGCUCAACCUCCAAAUCCCCGACGCCGUCGUUCUCCAAGAAUUGCUCAACGGGCUGAACUAAGGGACGUGCCACCCUAUAGGCGUCCCCUUCCCUCCGUUCACGAAGAUCUAGACUUCUGGUCAAAGAUCUCGACCUUACCCCCUCAUCUUCUCCGAUACCUCUUGCCCGGGUGGGUCCCGGAUUGGACCACUGGAGAUCGCCUUUGA